CAAACUUCAGUGUAUUCUAUGUGUGCUUGUUUGAGUCCUGUGAUCAUUGAAAUUUUGAAUCUCUAAUCAUAUAUCCUCAUGAUGUCUUUGAUCACAUCCUCUGUUUUCAUCUUCUACUUGUGUAUUUGUUCAUCGCAUGCAUGCAAUGCUCGACGUCUCGGGCUCACUGACAAUGGAGGAGGUUUCGGCAAAAGACUUCUUUUUCCAAGCAAGUCACAGGCAUUCCCAAACAUGGUAGUCAACAUGGAUUCAACUAAAAAGGGAGCAGAGUUUGGUGAUAGCAUUGGUUACAAGAGUACUCAUGGUGGUGAAAUGAUCACUGAAAAGCCGAAGGGAAUGAAAUUCAGUGCAGAAGAAGAAGCAGCAGCAAUUUCAGGAAAUAAGAUCGAAGAGUCAUCAUCUCAUAUGGGCUUGCAAAAGGCUAUAGAAAUAGAGGACCCAAGAUGGCAAAAUUCAGGAAGGGUAAUACUUGAGCAUGACCCCCAUGGCAUACAACAACAAGAAGAAGAGACACAUUCUACCUACCAUAACAGUGUCAAUGAAGUUGUACAAGAGGUUGAUUAUGAGCCCGCACAUAUGAAUAUCCCAACUCAUAACUAAUAAGCUUUCAUAAGCUAGCUGAAUAGUGAGCACGGUCUACAAUAUUAUAUGUGUGUUAUUCUGCAGAGUAAGAUAAGACGCAACAACCGUGACGUUAAUUUCUGGUUUAUCGGUAGAAUGUAGGGAUUUAAUUUGGCAAAUGGCUAUGUUAAUUUGGAGUAUCCAUCUCUUGUUAUGAA